UCGCUCUGUCAGUAGACAGCUGACCGGUUUCUACGCGCAAUAUCCGUGUUUUAGAUUUUCGGAGCUUGUACGGUGGAUCCGAAAAGAAAAAAAAAAGGAGGGGAAAAAAGGGAAAAAAGAAAAUUGCCUCGGGGGAAACGUCCCGACGAUGCUAUAACGACGACAACCACUACACGUUCCCACCCUUCGAGCCGUAACUGGACCGCGAAGGCCGCGCUUCCAGCUCGGUGUCCUACUUCUGCACACAACGCCCGCUUCGGGACUAUCGGACUAACGCUAUUAAGCUCCCAGUAUAAACGCAGUUGCACUUACUUAAUCGCGGCGAGUUUUCCUAAAGCGGCGAACUUUCGCGCUAAACAAGCGCCGAUUCCGAUGACACCUUCGAUAUUCUUCGCGUACAACGAACGAAAGGACGCUGAUAAGUGAUAUUGCGCGACCCUCGAAGUUUCUAUCUAUUGGAAAAUGCUCGCGCGCCCGUAUGCGAUCAUGCCAUUAUAUCCUUGUAUCGCUAAAAUUUGUAUGCUGUGCGUUCUGUCGACAAUUUUGUCGGUCCACGGAUUACAGGAUACGUCAGCCAGAGGCGACAAACAGAAGCCGAUACAAUCGCGACCGGUGAAUCUUUUUAUAAUUAAUGGGCUGAAGAACGAGGCGGCUAACGUGAGCGUGACCAGCGCCUUGAAAGCUCUGAGAGAAAGAUAUCCGGGUCAUCUGGGCAAUGUGUGGUCCGUGCAGAUCAACGAGUCCGAUUCCAGUGAAAGCCUUGAGAUGAUAUGUAACUCCUGGAACGCGGCCGUCAGCAGAGGCGGCGUCGCCGUCCCGGAUCUCGUCCUGGACGUGACGAUGACUAAUUUAGGCGCGGAAGCUUCCAGCUCGUUCACUGCAGCCAUGGGAAUACCAACUUUGUCCGCUCAAUACGGCCAGAAGGACGAUAUCCGGUACUGGAGAGACCUGAACACCGAUCAAGCAAACUAUUUGAUACAGGUAAUGAUUCCGGGUGAUCUCGCACCCGAGGUGAUCCGGCAGCUGGCAAUCCAGAUGAACAUCACUAAUGCCGGCAUUCUCUUCGACCAGAACUUCAUUAUGAAUCACAAGUACAAGAGCUUGUUGUUGAACGUGCCGACCAGGCAUGUUAUCAAUCCGCUGCUGGGCUCGGUCGACGACGUGAAAGAGCAAUUGACAAAAUUGCGGGAUUUGGAUGUGGUGAAUUAUUUCCUUUUGGGCGAGGAAAGUACUAUCAACACGUUGCUCGACGCCGGACAAUCGUUGAGCUUCACCGGGCGGAAAUAUGGCUGGUUUGUCGUUACCUUGAACGAAGAAUUAUGGCCGAGCUGCGCGUGCGAGAACAUCAGCGUGCUGUUUCUGAAGCCGCAACCGCCGGCGACGGGGAAUCAGAGUCAAGCAGAACCCGAUCUGAAGGCGACGUUGCCGAAACCUUUUAUCACAUCCGCCUUUUACUAUGAUCUGACUCUGUUGGGCGUGAAUGCGAUGAAAUCGGCCCUCGACGACGGUGAUUGGCCCUUGGAACCAAGUCACAUCGACUGCAACAUCUUCAAUGGGACAAACACGCCAUCCAGGGGCUUGGAUUUCUUGGCAAAACUGACGGAGACCUCGAAGAACAUGACGCCGACGUAUGCCGGCAUCGCUUGGGGCAACGCAAACGGAGAGCAUCACGCGGACUUCAAGAUGAUCAUGUAUCUCGUGAAAAUCGAGCGAGAGAAGCUUGCAUCGAGAAUCGAGAGCGGAGAGUGGCAGGCGGGCAUCGAUAUGUCUUUACAGGUCACCAACGAGGUCGUCAUGAACAAUAGCGCAGUGACGAGCUACCGGGUGGUCACCGUACAGCAUUCGCCCUUUAUGAUGUACAACAACGCGACCGGUCAGUGGUACGGCUUCUGCAUCGACCUGCUGAACGCGAUCCGCGAAACCGUGCCGUUCGAGUACGAGAUACGCGAGGUGGAGGACGGGCAAUACGGCUCGCUGAAUGAGAACGGCAGCUGGAACGGCCUGAUAAGGGAACUGAUCGACAAGCGCGCCGACAUCGCCCUAAGCUCGUUCUGGGUAAUGGCGGAACGGGAAAAGGUCGUGGACUUCACCGUGCCGUAUUACGACCUGGUCGGCCUGACGAUCAUGAUGCAAAAGACCAAGAUGACGACGUCGCUCUUCAAGUUUCUCACGGUGCUCGAAAGCGAGGUCUGGCUCUGCAUACUGGCGGCUUACUUCUUCACCAGCUUUCUCAUGUGGCUGUUCGAUCGCUGGUCGCCGUACAGCUACCAGAACAACCGCGAGAAGUACAAGGACGAUGACGAAAAACGGGAGUUCAACUUACGUGAGUGCUUCUGGUUCUGCAUGACUUCUCUGACCCCGCAGGGCGGCGGCGAGGCGCCGAAGAAUCUGUCGGGGAGACUAGUGGCGGCUACAUGGUGGCUCUUCGGCUUCAUCAUCAUCGCGUCUUACACGGCCAACCUGGCGGCUUUCCUUACGGUGUCCAGGCUGGAGAUACCUAUCGAGACAUUAGAGGAUCUUAGCAAGCAGUACAAGAUACAGUACGCGCCUGUAUACGAUUCGCCGGCGUACACUUACUUCCAGAGGAUGGCGGACAUCGAGACACGGUUCUACGAAAUUUGGAAAGACAUGAGCCUGAACGAUAGUUUGUCCGACGUGGAAAGGGCGAAACUCGCCGUCUGGGAUUAUCCUGUUAGCGACAAGUAUACGAAAAUGUUCCAAGCGAUGAAAGAGGCUGGCUUUCCGAAUACUAUGGAGGACGCGCUAAAGCGAAUUCGACGCGAGGGUCAGUACUCGAAUAACGAGUUUGCUUUCAUCGGCGAUGCCUCGACCAUCAAGUAUUACACUAUGACGAAUUGCGAUCUGACUCAAAUCGGAGAAGAGUUUUCGAGGAAACCGUACGCUAUCGCUGUCCAGCAAGGAUCGCCGCUCAAGGAUCAAUUUAAUAAUGCGAUUCUCAUACUGUUAAAUAAAAGAAGAUUGGAGAAAUUAAAGGACAAAUGGUGGAAACAUAAUCCCGAGAAAAAACAAUGCGAUUCGGAUAAUAAUCAGAGUGACGGUAUCAGUAUUCACAAUAUCGGCGGCGUGUUUCUUGUAAUCUUUGUAGGCAUCGUCUUCGCUUGUUUCACGUUAGCUUUCGAGUAUUGGUAUUAUCGGCAUCGUGCGAAAGUUAGCGAAUUCCAGAAAUCCACGUCACCCAAAUCGAAGAUAAUGAAGGCAAUUAAACCGAUACGAUUCAAUUUACAUCCAGCUCCUACGCAUGGGUUUCAAUUGUCACAGUUUAGAUCGAGAUUCUAGGUCUUGAUAUAUGCAGGAUUUCUUGUGGAAUCUAGAAAAUAAAUAUAACAAAAAUAAGUAUAAAAAUGUCGCAUAAGAUCAAGUUUUUUUAGACGCGAGUCGAUUUUCUAUAUUAAUAAAAUAUUGGAUUUAUGAAUUUUUGAUGUGAUAGUAAGUGAACAAGUAACAAAGUUAUUACAAAGUAAAAUAACGCGACAUUGCUUAACUGUAAUAUUUUCAUAGGUCAAUUUGCAUGUUUUUAGCAUAUACUCUACCUGUUUGUAAUUUUAAUGUGACCUGAAAGAAGUGUGUAAAUAAAUGUAUAAAAAAAUGGAACAU